GACACCAGAAAACCAAAUAUUUUCGAGGAAAACAUCUUGUGAAGAAAUAUGGAGAAACAUAUUAUCUUUGCAUCGGCCAUGAUAUUUCUCCUCGCCAUGGCACCAGUCUAUGGCCAAUACUACUCCGAAACCAUUACGCCGCCUCCUCGGCAGGAGCGAAUGACCCGACUCCACUUCUUCCUUCAUGAUAUCCUCAGCGGCCAAAACCCUAGUGCUGUCAUGAUAUCCCGUCCCAACAUCACAGGGUCCUCAAUUUCAUUCGGAAGCUUGUUUGCGAUCGACGAUCCCCUCACCGUAGGGCCUGAACCGACGUCGGAGAUCAUAGGAAACGCUCAAGGAAUGUACGUAUCAUCGAGUCGAGACCCUGCCAUGUUCACUGCCGUUAUGUAUGCCGAUUUUGCGUUUACGAGUGGCAGGUUCAAUGGCAGCUCCUUUAGUUUGUUCUCAAGGAAUCCGUCUUCACCGCCAGUUCGUGAAUUGGCUAUUGUGGGAGGGAGAGGUGCGUUUCGGAUGGCCAGCGGGUUUGCUUUUAUUCGGAACAGCUUUUUGAAUUUGACGACAGGCGAUACGAUUGUGGAGUUCAAUGUUACUUUGUACCAUUACUGAACCAGAUUGCCGUGAAUGAAUAUCUAAUAAUAAGAUCAGUAAAGGAGUA